AUGGGAGAUGCUGAAGCAGGCAAGAAGAUCUUCGUUCAGAAAUGUGCUCAGUGCCACACAGUGGAAAAAGGAGGAAAACACAAGACAGGUCCCAAUCUCUGGGGACUUUUUGGCCGAAAGACAGGCCAAGCCCCAGGAUUUUCCUACACUGACGCAAACAAGAACAAAGGUAUUAUCUGGACAGAAGCAAGUUUGAUGGAAUAUUUGGAGAACCCAAAGAAAUUCAUCCCUGGUACAAAGAUGAUCUUUGCUGGCAUAAAAAAGAAGAGCGAGAGAGAAGACCUUAUUCAGUAUUUGAAACGGGCCACAUCCUCAUGA